ACCUCACCAAAUAUCAUUAAAGGGGGAGGGGGCGUCAAAAAGUAGCCGAAAAAACCUCGCGUGAUUUGUGCACAAGCCCUAUUUAGUAAUCAUUAUCAUAAUUUAUCGUAAAAUGGUCAAGUGAAUGAGUGCUGAGUUUUACUACAAUCCUAUUUUUGACCUGCACUGUGCUUUAAAAUUGCGUAAUUCCUUAUCAAGUUCCAUGUUUUGUAAUUCAUCUUGAUUUUGUAAACACUCCCAAUGGCUACUUCCUUACACUACAAAGGAAACCAGCAUAAACAGCAAUAUGUAAACAUUUUUCACUUAUACCGUAAAAUUCUCUUAUUACCUAGCAGUAGCUACGAGUGGUCGAUUGUAAAAUGAUUGUCAAAAAACAUUUCCUCGCGUUAUGCUCGUGCAUCUUAGUGGCGAUAGUUGAAGCUGGUAAAACCUCGGAAGAGGCUAAACCAGAUAUAGCAAGAACAGCACCGUUUGGGAAAACGAGAAGAGCUAAAAUGGAGGAUAAAACUUCCAUCGGCACUUUAUCGAACGUGAUAACUCAAAUUCAAAAUCUGCCUAACAUGGAUUUGGGUAAAAGAUUCAGGACGCCGUGCAAAACAGGAAACCGAUGUGGCAAGGUUAUAAGAAGACUGAUGGUACCGAAGCUGGCGCAGCUGGAGAACACGAUCAUGGGCAUCAUGAAGGAGUUGGCCAAGAUGCCGCCGGGAGCGCGACUCCCUGAUAAGUUCACAAAGACCGAACCUAUCAAACUGCUGCUGGACCAGAAUUAUAAGGAAGAAGUAUGCAGCGAUAAACUAGAGACCUGCCUGAAGGAGGACAAGCGACGCAAGCGCAUACUGAAGAAGUUGUUCUUCAAGAAAUACAACGGGCUAAGACAGGAACUCAUUGGUUACGGAGGACGGCGGCUCUGGGGAGGGGAGGGCAAUUUGUUCUACAGGAAGUAAAAGGAAGGGGAAGAGGGACAAAUGCUUCGAUAAAUGUAGUAGAUACUUAUUGAUACUAUUAAUUAGGGUACUUAGUAUUUAGUGUUUGUUUCAGUUGAGAGAGCAAUAAAUGUUUUUGCAGUA